GUGGCUGUUGUUGAAGCUGAAGUUGUCUCGUCGUCGAACUCGUUUGCGAUUCCAACUUGUCUCUUCCCAGUUUUGGCCGUCGACCACAUUCUGUAGUCCUUCAGCGAGCUCGUCGAAAUUCGGAACACCCGCCAAAAUGAGCGAACAGAUCUCCGUCCUCUUCGUCUGCCUGGGCAACAUCUGCCGCUCCACGAUGGCCGAAGGCGUCUUCCAGUCGAUGGCCAAGAAGCCCGAAUACAAGGGCCGUAUUUCCAAGAUUGAUUCGUGCGGAACUGGCGCCUACCACGUCGGCGAAGGCCCCGACGACCGAACGAUGGAGACUCUCCAAGAACACGGCAUAACCGACUACAUCCACGCCGCUCGCAAGGUCAAUACCUCCGACUUCGACAAGUUCGACUACAUCUUCGCCAUGGACCGGGCCAACCUGGCCGACCUCCAACGCCUGCAGCAACGCCAUCCGGGAAAGGCCAAGGUGAUGCUCUUUGGCGAGUACUCGGGCACCGGUAAGGCCGAGGUCAUCCAGGAUCCGUACUACGGCGGCAAGUCUGGGUUCGAGAAGGCGUAUGAGCAGGCGACGAGGUUCUCCAAGAACUUUUUGGGCGAUGUCUUUCCGGAUGUCAAGGCCGAUUAGAGAGUAGAAGAUGAGCUUUCGUCGACCAUUUUAGAAGGCAGGCGUUUGGGGCGUUGGGAUAGACUGUUGUCAUUGUUGUAGACCGAAGAUACCAUUUGCGGGUUGCUUAGACGUCCUGUUGUGCAUAUGUCUUUCCGGUCGGGCCUAUUGUCGUCAUUGCC